AUGGAAGAUUAUCGCCACCCUGCUAAUGCUAUCAAUUCUAUCGAUGCCAGUCAAUACCACACUAGUCCUCCUAUCAAGGACACCACCCAAACCUCGCUUUUCAAUUAUCCUGCAACACAAGCCACAGCUAUGGAAAAUGAAAUCGAUUAUGGAGACGAUGUAGAAGUCACCGAGCCAAGCUAUCUGAACGGAUACUACAAGAAAAUGAAAGGCACAAUACAACAGAUAGCCGGAAUUAUUCUACAAGAUGGAGAUCUGGAAGGAGAAGGAGAGCAAUCUCAAAUUAACGGAGAGAAAGAAAUCGAGGCAGUAUCGAAGAGACAAUCUUGCACUACAUAA